ACGAAGAAGAGGAAAUGAAAUUGGUGGGCGGGACAAACAAACAUCAACGAUGUCAACAUAAUAUGCUCUCUCCGGUGGAAAUAACUUUGAAUUAAAAUCACUCUAUAUCACCGAAAAGAUGAGUUCGUUUUCAGGUCGAAUGAAGGAGUAUCCCACCGUUUCUCUGGACCGGUUCGACCGGGAGAACUUACACGCCCGGGCAUAUUUCCUCUCCCACUGUCACAAAGAUCACAUGAAAGGACUGAAAGGACCAAUACUGAAGAGAAAACUGCACUUCAGUCAUACAGUCAGGCUUUACUGCUCCUUCGUGACCAAAGAACUUCUGAUGAGCAAUCCCAGGUACGCUUUCUGGGAGGAAUACAUUGUUCCUUUGGAGCUGGACAGCCCAACUCAGAUUUCUCUGGUUGACGAGGCAUCUGGAGAGAAAGAAGAGAUUGUGGUCACGUUGCUUCCUGCAGGCCACUGUCCCGGCUCUGUAAUGUUCCUGUUUGAGGGCUUAAAGGGAAAUGUGUUGUAUACAGGAGACUUCAGGUUUGCUGCUGGAGACGUCUCCAGAAUGGAACAUCUGCACUCCGGCAGCAGAGUGAAGGAUCUUCAGAGCGUUUAUCUGGACUCCACUUUCUAUGACCCGCGAUUCUACCAGAUACCCACUCGGGAGGUCUGUCUGAGCGGUAUCUCAGAGCUUGUUGGAAACUGGAUCAGUCAGAGUUCAUAUCAUGUUGUGUGGCUCAACUGUAGAGCUGCGUAUGGAUAUGAAUAUCUGUUUACCAACCUGGGAGAGGAGUUCAACACACAGAUCCAUGUCAGAAGUCUGGAGAUGUUCAAGAAGAUGCCGGAGAUCCUGAGCUACGUGACGACUGACCGCAGGACGCAGAUCCAUGCCUGUCGACACCCUAAGGAUGAGGAGUUUUUCCAAGGCAACCGGCUGCCGUGUGGCUGCACAGCGUCGGACGGGACUCCUCUUCGCAUCAUCAGCAUCAAACCAUCCACCAUGUGGUUCGGAGAGAGAAUGAAGAAAACCAACGUUAUAAUAAAAACAGGAGGAAGUUCCUUCAGAGCCUGCUUCAGCUUCCACUCCUCAUACACAGAGCUGAAGGACUUCCUCUCCUACCUGCAGCCAGUCAACAUCCUCCCCAGUGUUAUCCCUCUUGGUCGGACACUGACUGAGGUGACGCAGAUGUUGAAGCUGAUGUGCAGGGACCAGUCUGAUCAAGCAGCGUCCAUAUACAAACCUCUGGGAGUCCUCAAGCGCUGCAUGGUGGAGCGACCUGAAUACGAUUCAGACAGCGACGGCGAGCUGUUCGAUGGGCUGGAUCUGGCACCAGUGAGGAAGAAGGUGGUGCUGAACCAAGAAAUAAAACACGUGAAAGCUCAGAGUCUUCAGAAAACGGCGCCCCCUGUGUCUGUGGAGGAGUCUUUACCUCUGACAGACACACAGCCUGUUUCACGCAACUAUGCAGACUGCACUGAGUCCAAUGGUGAAGAGGAAGAUGAGGAAGAUGAGGAAGAGGAGGAGAACGAGGGAAAGGAGGACGGGACGAUAAAGGAAACGAUGAUUGAGGUUAAUGGAAGUGGCUCCUCUAAUCCUCCGAAAUGGGAGGAUUUCUUCACCACGGAGAUGCUGACUGACAGCCAGAACAGCCUCAACAGCCAAUUACAGUCCUGCUGCUCUGUCCCGAGCCCCUCCCCCUCCAAAAUGACAGGCUCGCAGACCCCAGAUCUGUUCAGUGACGAAGAGGAAACUCCAGAUAACGAAGGAAACUUCAGUCUGACCCUGUCCGCCUCCCUGUCGAACCAUUCCUCCCAGAACCAGGACUCCUAUUUACCUGACACUCUGAUCCUCCAACCAGAGCAACAUGGAGACUCAAUGACCAGCACUGUGUCUCAGGAGAAGGAGAGCAAUGUCCAAUCACAGCUGGAGGAGCUGUCCGAGUCUCAGGCGUCCUCAGACUUUGAUAUUCCCUGCACGCCAGAGUCAAAAAUGCCACAACCUGAUGAACUGUCGCAGUUGUACAGGAAGCUGGCGUCGGGAGAGGAAGUGGUCAUCAGAAAGGGAAGUCAGGCCUCCAUGUGAAGCUUUCGGUGAGCCACAUUCCCUCUAUUCGUCCACCUACAUGCUGCAAGAUUUCAUAAACGCAUAAUGAGCUUCUAUAAUACCUCACAAGUGGAAACAUUCCCCUUCAGCUUCCGGCGAACCUCACAAACCACACAAACCUCAGAAUGCAAAGCAACACGCAGCAUUUAUUCCAAAAGGCACUUUACGUUCGCCCUUGCUCUACGUGCAUUAUUGCACCUGUGACUUUCCCUUUCUGGUGACAGUUUGUGGGUUUUUGUGUGUACUUUUAGUUUUUUUGCAUUUGUUUAACCAUCGAACGUUUAAAAUCAAGGAUUAGUUUGACUUUAUACUAAUGAAAAUAUUCAACCUUGAGAGAAAUAAAUACAUAAUCUGGGAUAUAUUCUGCACGUUUCAAAAGAUUGUCAUAUAUCCAAUUCCAAUUUUAAUAAAGAUUUUUGACCGACACGUGUAAUAAGUGGGACAUUUUACAUGUGUACUUCCUGGUGGACCAGCUGUG